CCUGCCCUGAGUCCCAGACCACAUCCUCAUUCGUCGUUCGCGAAGCACCACAAAUUCGGGUCGUUUAGAACUGCCGAAAUGCCACAUUGGAGGCCGGCGUGCCUCGAAGACAAGUCUAUGUAUCUGACGAGUUGCGGAGGCUACCUGUUGAGGAAGAAUACCGCAUGCGCUGUCCGGUUAGGAUGGCCCCAUUCGAGCUGCCGACGACUGGAACUGCUGCCGGAGUUGACACAGAUAUCGCUAUUGCGAUUGGCGGCAUGCUUGCCUUAACCCAAGCUAUCUCAAUCCUUCACACAGCUAAUUCAUUUGCGAGGACCCUUCGGCCCUGUUUGAUCUCCAGCUAAGACAGCUGUCGAGCCCCAUCGGACCCCCAACUGUCCAUAUUCCCCACGACUUGACCCCAAAAUCCCCGCAACUACAGUAUGCCAAGUAUGGUCGUCUCACCGAACAUGGUCGUCGCGAAUUGAAUGUCAUCUCUUUGGAUACUGGAGCGACGCUAAUCAUGCUGGUGUACAUGUGCACGGUGGAAUACCGCCUCGUCGAUCACGGCAGUUGAUCGGUCCCAACUGCCGUUCAUCACUUCGUCGUCACAGAUAUAUGAGGAAUUCCCUCCACGACAGCAUCAUGGUGUGCAAGGACCAGACCCAUACGCUGCGGCCAUCCCCAAAGUAAAGCAGCAUUGUUCCUGCUCGACCAGAACAAGCCCUCGAUCAGCAUGGCUGCAGAGGUCGUCAGUGCUCCGACGGACUCGGAGAAGCAACUCCAAGAGACAGUUGUUCACCUCGAGGAUGCAUUAGCCACUCUGAACAUCGAUCCCAAGGAUGCUGAUGAGGCCUUUGAAUUUCUUCGGGACCAUCCGAACGCCGACGGUGUCACCCAGGAAGCCUUGAAUAUUCUGGCCGAUGAACAGAAACGGAAGAAGCUGUUGCGAAAGAUUGACUGGGCCAUCCUUCCUUGCAUGAUCGCUACAUACUUCCUCCAAUUCUUGGACAAGACGACCAUCGGCUAUGCUGCCGUCAUGGGACUACGGGAAGAUACUCAUCUCAAGGGUCAACAAUAUUCUGAUGUUGCCAUGAUUUUCUACGUCGGCUACCUUGCCGCCGAAUUUCCGACCCAAUAUAUCUCGCAGCGGGUUUCAAGGCUUGGAAAAUACCUCGGUGCCAAUAUCAUACUCUGGGGUGCAGUGCUGGCAGCUCAUGCGGCUUGCCAAAACUACGCUGGUCUAAUGAUCUGCCGUGCUCUCUUGGGGGUUUUCGAAUCUUGUGUGACGCCAACUCUCGUGCUUGUGGUUGCCAUGUGGUAUAAGAAAUCGGAGCAAGGACGAAGGAUCUCCUAUGUCUACGUUUGUAACAGCUUGACAUCCAUCUUCGCUGGCUUAGUCUCGUGGGGCGUGUCUCACUCCAAGAACAAGAGCUUUGCUAGCUGGCGCAUCUUCCUUCUGACGAUCGGUCUUGUGACCGUCGUAGUCGGCGUCGUUGUCUUCUUCUAUCUGCCGGAUUCUCCAGUCAAAGCUCGACGAUUUUCCGAUGCAGAGAAGGUCGCGACACUCUUACGAGUGAAGGACAACCAGUCGGGAACACAGAAUGCCAAGAUCAAAACGUCUCAGUUACGCUUGGUCUUCAAAGACCCUGGUGUUUGGCUUGUCGCCGUAAGCGUUCUGAUGCUGAGUGUUCCGACUGCGAUCCCGAACUUCUCCAGCAUCUUGUUGACAACGUUUGGCUACAGCGCGCAGCAAGCGCUAAUCCUGAAUAUUCCUGGCGGCGUGGUCGGGGCUGUCUCAACCAUUCUCACUGGAUAUCUUAGCGACCGCUGGAACGAUCGAAGCCUCGUUAUGAUUAUCAGUAUUGUGCCAACUAUUGCAGCAUUUGCCAUGAUGAUUGGGCUCGACCCUGGCGGUGUCCCGAAGAGCAAAGGGGCAUUACUAUUUGCACUUUAUUUGUGCAACUCCUUCACGGCGGCUUUCAUGCUACUUCUAGUCUGGAAUGCGUCGAAUCUUGGAGGCCAUACAAAGAAAGUCACAGUCAAUGCUUUGACACUUGUCUUGUACUGUGCUGGAAACAUUGCCGGUACUGAAUCAUUCCGUGCUUCUGAGGCCCCUGGAUAUAUCAGUGGAAAAGCGGCCAUCAUGGCCACCUUGUCAUUCCAAGUCCUGGUUUGCCUGGCCCUCAGAUUUCGAAAUGACCGGCUCAACAAGAAGAAUCGCGAGAAGCUGGCCCUCAUGACCGAGGAUGAGAAGGAGACUUUGCGGCAGCAAUUGGCGUACGCCGAUAAGACGGACCGAGAGAACCCCUUCUUUGUUUACACACACUAGGUCUAUCUGUGGGCUCAGAGGGUUGUGCAACAUUGCCAGGCCUCGGGAUACAUUGCUGAUCCGGUGUGUGGUCUGCGGGACAUUCCAGGCCGUUCAGGGUAGAUAUCUCGCCUGCCACUUGUUAGCAAAGACGUCAGCCGAAGCACGAAGACUCGUAGGUUGUUUAGCUCGUCUGUCGGCGCCUUCUCCUUUUGAUGCCUCAGCAUGCCGAGCCCAGAAUGA